AUGGAGAACUUCCAGUACAGCCUCCAGCUGAGUGACCAGGACUGGGCCGAGUUUUCAGCCACUGCCGAAGAGUGUGGCCUCCUGCAGGCCAGCCUGGCCUCUGGGGAUGAGCUCUUGUCCAGUGACACUGACCAAAGGGACAGCAGCCCCCCAGGGCCCCCGCCCCUUCCUGAGGGGCAGCUGGCUCCCAGGGGGAGUGACCGGCCCGGCUCUGAGGAGGAGGACAAGGCAGCCACCUGGCAGCUGGUCAACAGGUCUUGGCGUGAGUCUGUGCUGGCCCCAGAGGCUGGUCAGCAGAUGCCCAGCAUGUCUGUGCAGCCAGAAGCUCGGCUGUCCCUCAGCCCUGGUGCUGCCCCUCUGGUCCAGGGCUCAUCCCUCCUGGGGCCAGUGUCUUCCAGAGGCGAGAGGCAGAGACUUCGGCAGGGGCCAGCCCCCCGGGGUCUUGCCCCUACUCUCACUGGUGAGCCCGCUCGGAGCCCCGAUUCCCCCGGCCGCAGCGCUGCCCCCCCGAGGCCGUCUGGCAGCCCUGGAGCCCUGCUGCGCAGCCCCAGCCAAAAGAAGAGGCGGGCUGCAGGCACCAAGGCGGGUGGGCGCUUGGGUGACCCGGGCCCUGCUCCCACCCAGCUGGGCUCCCUACUGCUCGCCGAGGCCGGGGCCGAGGAUGGCCUUGGCCUGGCUGGGUCCAGGGGGAAGGGUCUCCGGGUGGGGACAACAGGGCAGACAGCAGGAGCUGGGCAGAUCGAGCUGGGGCCAGAGUCUCCAGAAGCCCCUGAGCAGGUGGCCAGGCAAGGGCCAGGUGUGGAUCUGUCUACAUCUGUCCCUGACACUGAGCAGGGUACAGACCUAAUCGGAAUGACCCUCAGAACUGAGCCAUGCACUACGUCCACGCUUGACCUGGAGGCUUCUCUAGAUGUCACAAUGGCUAAGUCAGACGUGGCUUUGUCCACACCCACCUCCGAGCCUCAACCCGAUGAGCCCCCGUCUACACCUGCCUCCGAGCCUAGCCUGGAUGUGGACCUGCUUAUGCCAGGCCCCGGGGUCCAGCUGGAGGUGGAUUCGUCUGCGCCUGUCUCAAAGGCUAUUCCACGUACAGCUGUGCCUCCCCUGGCUUCUGAGGCUGGGUCUGAUGUGGGUGUGUCCACACCUGCUCCCAUCCCCGAGGCUGGGCCUGACGUGGUGGAGCUGGAGGUUGCCCCAGUGGCCAAGCUGGGUUUGAGCCCUAUUCGGUCUCCAGAGGGGGGCCGACAGAAGCCCAGAGGGGAGCCCUCAGCAGGUGCCCCUGGACGCCACACUGGGGAGCCCCCGCUAGGCCCUAUCCAAGCCCCCAAGAAGAAGAAAGUGCGAUUCUCCAUGGCUGUGCCCAGCCCCGAGGAGCCAGGGUCAGCAGAGGCCUCAGGCCCUGCCUGCCCAGCCACAGCCCCCGGGACAGCAGCUGGGGGCCGCAGGGCGUCUGGAGCCUGGGACGCUCUGGCAGUUGGGCCCCGGACCUCCCAGCCUCGGAUCCUGAAGCACCUGCCUCCCCCUGCCCCCUCUGCCUCAGCGGGGCCUGGGCCCAGCUGCUGCUUCGCGGUGACCCUCCCAGAAACCUAUGAGUUCUUCCUCUGUGACACCAUCGAGGAGGAGGAUGAAGAUGUCGAGGAGGAAGCAGAGGCUAGCCAGGCUCUGGCCGAAGUCCAGUGGCCGGGCGUGUGCGAGUUCUUCUUCCAGGAUGGCCAAACCCAGAGGUCGAGGCACCGGGAAGGCCACUCCCAGGCCCCACCCCUCCAGGCUGAGCCUGUGCCGGCCCCUCCGCCAGGAGAUCCCAUACCCAUCUCCAUCCCCGAGGCCUAUGAGCACCUCCUCGGGGAGGCCACGUCAGGGGGCACGCUGGGGCCGGCUGCCCGUCUCCAGAUGCAGGCCACGGAGCGCCUCAGGUCAGUCCCCUGGGAAGUGGGGACCAGCACGCCACCAGGGCCUAGCCCAGCCUCAGCAGAGCAGCUUACCCUGGCCAUCAGGCAAGCAGACCCAGGUAACGGCAGUGCCUGCCCCCAGCCUGUAGCAGGCAGGCGCUCUGCCAGCAGCUCAGGCCACGCUGCCUGGCAGAGCAGGCUCGCAUUCCCCCUCGAAGAUAUUUUACAAACCAGGAAACGGUGCCCCAGACGUUCUCGCCCAAGUCAGCCUGACUCAACUAUGCCACGUGCUACCCUGUGUCUUGGGACAAAGGUAUCACGGGGAGGAUGUGACUCAGGACAGACAUGGCCAGGAGAGACGUGUCCCAGGGCAGCCUUCGCUACCUGGGCUGUGAGAACGUCAGACCUGCAUGCCCCAGAUGCCUGGAAAACAGGUUUGUGGGCCUGGGGGGCGGGGGGCUGGUGUCUAGAAGUCAAAUGGAGGGGCAGUGGUGGUGUCCCAGCUGCUGGGCCAGCAGGGAUGAGGGGCACGUGGGGAGGUGCAGGUGUCUCCCCUGACGGGUCUCCUGCGUUGCUGACCCACUCUCGCCCCGCUGGCCUCCUCCCAUCCUUUGAGAACCCCGCCGUGUGGACGGAGGGUGGGGACCAGGCCGGAAUGGAGCCGGCACUCAGGAGGUCUUGUGCUUCUCUUGCAGUUCUGCUGGCCAACAUCGGCACCAUCUCCGCUAUCCGGUACAUCCGCCGGCAGGUGGGGCGGGGGCGCCGCAGCCCCAGCUCCUAG